AUGUCAAAUCCGGCGGCCCUUCAAGCCCGCUUGAAGGAGCUCUCAACAACUAUAAGCCAUAUCCACCCUCUUGUCGAACAGCUUCGAAAUUUCACUUCUUCUGCAGAGCAGAGCGAUGAGGUACGAGUUGAGCUUGGAGUGGAAAUCCAUGCCGGCUUGAAAGAUGCCGAGGGAGAGCUGGAGCUCCUCCGCGGGGAAGUUGAGGCGCUGGAGUUGGCUCCGGAAAACAAGAGGAAGACUUCGGUAGCAAGCGAGGAGAAAGGGGCUGAAAAGGAGCGUGUGAUUGCGGCGGCAGGGAGACUGGCGGAAGACCUUAAAAGAACUCGGGGAGACUUUAGGAAUGCCCAAUUACAGGCUAAGCGCAAUGCAGAACUUGCCAAACGAAAGGAGCGAGAGUUAUUAUUGUCAAGAGCGCAAACUUCUCCUACACGCCAGCGCCCACCCUCGGAGAAGUUUACCCAGGAUGAUCUUAUCUUGAAUGCAUCGAAUGACGUUACUGCUGCUCUGCGCAGAACGCAUCACUUGAUGCAAGCCGAGCUCUCUCGUAGCCAAUUUGCGCAAGAAACUCUGGAACAAUCCACUGUCGCCAUAUCCUCUUUAUCCGAAUCUUACGGUAGUCUCGACACCCUCCUCACCUCAUCCCGCAGCCUCGCAAAUUCCCUUCUUCGCUCCCAGAAAUCCGAUACCUGGUAUCUUGAAACCGCAUUCUAUAUCCUCAUCGGAACAAUUGGUUGGCUUCUGUUUCGCCGUAUAUUGUACGGGCCUCUCUGGUGGCUGGUUUGGCUUCCGCUCCAAUUUUCCCUCAAAGCCCUUCUUGCCGUCAUUGGUGUUGUCGGUAUCACAGGUCAAAAAUCCGUACAGGUCUCAUCAAGCCCAGUCGCCGAUGGUGUAUAUGGAACUAUCCAGACCACAUCCACAACUGUCACAGUGAGUAGCGUGCCCACUAACAAGGCCGUUUGGGAAGAUCAGCCAUCGGAUCAGCCAUCAGAUCAGCCAGCAGAUGACGAGGAAGAUCGCUUGAUUGACAAAAUUGGGCAUGCAAUUGAUGAUAUUCUCCCCGAUGAGAAAGAGAGUCAGGAUCAAAACCCUCGGAAUCCCAUGAAAAGGAUGUAUGAGGCCGAAGAGCCAGUAAAUGAUGAGCUUUAG